AUUCGUAUGUUAUUUUUCAGGUAAUGCUCAGAAUGGAAAUCCACGCUUGCAAUGUGAAUAACCUGACUAAAUCAUCAUCGGUGCAUUCAUGAGCAUGAUCUCAUGUGUGUAGAGCCAUGUGGGUGUGAAUAUUUCUUGAUUGGGUAGCUGUGAUGGGAUUACUCUCCUCGAAAGAGCAGAAAUCGGAUCCGCGCAAACAUCCAUCGAGGGAACAGCGGAGAGAUUUCCGUAGCGUUAGAAAUGAUGAUCUUCCUUUGGUCCUUGUCCGGCCAAGUUCCAUGUACUUCGACGAAGACGGUGACCUGGCGCACGCGUUCUACGAAGAAGUUUGGAAUUCCAAAUUCAAAGGCCGCGUGUUCAUGCGAAGGAUUACAAAAAAUCUUCGCCCACAGGUUUACAUGAAGUAUCCUCAUCCUCGGCUCCCGUGUGAUUCUCCAAAAAUCCUCAUCGACUGUAGAUAGUUCAUGAAAAUUUGCAACGAUUGUUAUCACGGAUUCGUAUCAGCGGUAGAAUUGCGUUUGAGCUUUUGUUCUUUCAUGUGGUGAAUUACGUUACUGUGCGCGGGAUUCGUGCUCUCAGUCAAUGCACUAUUGGGAUUUUCGUAUCGCCGUU